AUGAGGGCCAGAGAUGUGUGUCAGCUCCUGGUCUAUAAGAGCCACUGUCUGGAUGACAACAGCUGGAGCCUGGUGGAGCAUCACCCACUACUGGGCCUCGGUGUGUGUGUGUGUGUGUGUGUGUGUGCGCAUCGAGUGUGUUAAGGUUGGGGAAGCAUAUACUAUAGAUCCUAGCUACCUAAAAGCUUCAAUCACAUAAAAUCUACAGUUCUGUUUACCUUCUGUGACCUUUUUAGUGUGGUUUUAUUGCCUCACCUUUUUAGUGUGGUUUUAUUGCCUCACCUUUUUAGUGUGGUUUUAUUGCCUCACCUUUUUAGUGUGGUUUUAUUGCCUCACCUUUUUAGUGUGGUUUUAUUGCCUCACCUUUUUAGUGUGGUUUUAUUGCCUCACCUUUUUAGUGUGGUUUUAUUGCCUCACCUUUUUAGUAUGGUUUUAUUGCCUCACCUUUUUAGUGUGGUUUUAUUGCCUCACCUUUUUAGUGUGGUUUUAUUGCCUCACCUUUUUAGUGUGGUUUUAUUGCCUCACCUUUUUAGUGUGGUUUUAUUGCCUCCCUCUUAUUCUCUAUCCUGUUUUCCACAAAGCUUUCCUAUCUCUACUGACUGUUACUGGGAUAGAAGACUGUUUUAUACUUGAUAGAUAAUCGUAAUUUUUGGAAAAACUUAAUGGGAGAGAUGGAAUGUGAGAGGAGCGCAGAGAAAGGGAGGGGGUGGAGAAAGAGAGGGAGAGGGGGAAGGGUGCAGAGGCACAGUGUCAGUAUCAGGCCAAUGCAGCAAACAGCCAAUCCCAGAGCUGCAUUGGUCGAGCCCCCAGACAGCUCAGACAAUCAGCUCUCUCCCUCUACUUCAACAGGAAAUUCCCCUGCUAGACGCCAGGACAGAGUGGCGCAGACACACACACACACACACACACACACACACACACACACACACACACACCUUGAGGUCUGUGUUAGCCAGCAGUGAGGCACGGUAUGGGCUCAAUCCUUUUUGAGCAACUGUGGGUUUUAGCACUGUGUGUGUGUGCGUGCGUCCAACCUGGAACAUCGUGUCACUAUGGGUUUCCAAUCAGCUAGAGUCAUGUGAUCUCAAGAUCAAGAGAGGGAGAGAGAAAGGAGAACACACACUUCUAGCCUAUACAUCAAAACAAAAAUAGAGAUAGUUAACAAUGUACGAGGUCUAAUACUCUCAAUAGUCAACAUCAGCUUUUUAGGGGGAGGAGUUACAGAGGGAGGGAGAGACAGAGGUAGAGAAGAAGAAGAGACUGAGGGAGGGAGGGAGGGAGGAGGGAGAGUGAGAGGUAGAGACAUGGAUGAGAAGCAGACAGAGGGAGAGAUAGCUGGCGAGAGAGCUGGCCUCUGCUUCUUUGUCAAAUCAAGUUAAAUAUAUGACAUCAUCCUACUGCAAUACCAAAACCUGCUUCUCUCACGUGUGCGUGCUCACAGCCUACCUACCAAUGUCUUCCCUCCUCUCUUUUCCAGUGGCCCCUCACUCAGAUACUGGAAACAAGUGUGAUAACCAACUGUGACAAUGCAAAUAAAUGGGCUAAUUGCUGAUGUCUCUCUAUUCUCCCUCUCCCUCUCCCCCUCCUCUCUGCAGAGCGCUGUCUGGAGGACCAUGAGUUGGUGGUUCAGGUUCAAGCCUCUAUGACCAGCGACAGUAAAUUCCUCUUCAGGAAGAACUAUGCCAAGUAUGAGUUCUUCAGGAACCCCCUGGUGAGUCCUCUGUACACACGCGCACACACACACAAACACACACCGUCGCACACACACACUGCCGCGCAUGUUUGCACACACAUGCCACACACACAUAAGCACACACACACACUGCCUGAGUUGAUUCAGUAAGAGGGAGUGACCUCACCUCAGGGCUUUGGUAAUGACUACAGUAAAACUACCAUGUCAAUCACACUAAGAGGUGUGUGUAUGAGUGCCCGCCAAGGAAUUACGUCAGGGGGUGAGAUCAUACUGCAUCUACUCUGGAUCGCUCUCCUCUCUCCAUCUCUCUCCCCUAUCCUCGCUCUCUCUCCUUCUACUCUCUCUCUCUCUCUCGCUCUCUUUCUCUCUCUCCUUCCUUCCUUCCUUCCUUCCUUCCUUCCUUCCUUCCUUCCUUCCUUCCUUCCUUCCUUCCUUCCUUCCACUCUCUCUCGCUCAUAUCUCCCCACUCUUCUCUUUCUCUCAUUCUCUCGCACGCCCUCUUAAUAGUGGUUCCAUCACUAAUGUGAUACUGAAGUCCCUGAAGUAUUUUUCUCUCUGUUCUCUCAUUCUGUUGUAUUCUCUCUCUCCUUUUAUUUUUCUCUAUCUUCUUUCAUUCGCUCUCCUAAUUCAGUCUCUCUCUCUCUCUCUCUCUGUGCAGAACUUCUUUCCGGAGCAGAUGGUGGCAUGGUGUCAGGAAUCUAACGGCUCCAUCCCCCAGUCACAGCUCUUACAGGUGGAGUACUGUUACACCACACACACACACACACCCACGCAUUCGCGCACCUCUAUCCCCACAUACACAAGCACACAUUCCAGAGAGUCCUUACUCACUCCCCUGUGUGUGUUGGUACAGAACUUCCUAAACUCCAGCAGCUGUCCGGAGGUGCAGGGGUUCCUCUAUCUGAAGGAGUCGGGGAGGAAGUCCUGGAAGAGACUUUCCAUGUUCCUCAGGCGCUCUGGACUCUACUGCUCCACUAAGGGAUCCUCCAAGGUAGGAAGAAAAUCAGGGAUGUGUCCAAAAUGGCUCCCCAUUCCCUGUGUAGUGCCCUUGUUUUUUGGCCAUAGACCCUUAUGGCAGCCAAUUAUCUAUAUAGUGCACUACACUAAAGAAACUACUCCAAGGAAGGACUGUUCAAACCCCCUCCCUCCCUCCCUCCCUCUAGGAGCCCAGACACCUCCAGUUGUUAUCAGACCUGGAGGACAGCAGUGUGUUCACAGUGACCACAGGGAGGAAGCUGCACAACGCCCCCACUGACUACCAGUUCUGUAUCAAGGUGAGGGACACACACACACACACACUGGCCCCAGGUAACAGAUAGUCCUGUACUGUGUGUACCUCUGCUGGGGUUAUCCCUGGAUGUAACCAGGUUAUACUGGCUCAGCCUAGUGGGAUAAGCUGGGACAGGGCAUGCUAGGACACACUGAGCCUGACACACAAACAGAUCAAAUGUUAUUUUUCACAUGCUUCAUAAACAACAGGUGUAGACAAACAGUGAAAUGCUUACUUACGGGCCCUUCCCAACGAUGCAGAGAGAAAGAAAAUAGAGAAAUAAUAGAAAAGUAAUAAUAAAAACACAAUGAGUAACGAUAACCUGACCUUCAGAAAGUAUUUAUACCCCUUGACUUAUUCCACAUUUUGUUGCCUUACAACCUGGAAUUAAAAUUGAUUUUUGGGGGGCUUGUAUAAUUUGAUUUACACAACAUGCCUACCACUUUGAAGAUGCAAAAUAUUUUUUCUUGUGAAACAAACAAGAAAUAAGACUGAAAACUAUUCACCCCUUUUUUCUGGUCACUCUUCUGUAAAGCCCAGCUCUGUGGAGUGUACGGCUUAAAGUGGUCCUAUGGACAGAUACUCCAAUCUCCGCUGUGGAGCUUUGCAGCUCCUUCAGGGUUAUCUUUGGUCUCUUUGUUGCCUCUCUGAUUAAACGCCCUCCUUGCCUGGUCCGUGAGUUUUGGUGGGCGGCCCUCUCUUGGCAGGUUUGUUGUGGUGCCAUAUUCUUUCAAUUUUGUAAUAAUGGAUUUAAUGAUGCUCCGUGGGAUGUUCAAAGUUUCUGAUAUUUUUUUAUAACCCAACCCUGAUCUGUACUUCUCCACAACUUUGUCCCUGACCUGUUUGGAGAGCUCCUUGGUCUUCAUGGUGCCGCUUGCUUGGUGGUGCCCCUUGCUUAGGGGUGUUGCAGACUCUGGGGCCUUUCAGAACAGGUGUAUAUAUACUGAGAUCAUGUGACAGAUCAUGUGACACGUAGAUUGCACACAGGUGGAAUUUAUUUAACUAAUUAUGUGACUUCUGAAGGUAAUUGGUUGCACCAGAUCUUAUUUAGGGGCUUCAUAGCAAAGGGGGUGAAUACAUAUGCACGCACCACUUUUCCGUUAUUUAAUUUUUUUAAUUUUUUUGAAACAAGUUCACUUCACGUAUUUGGACUAUUUUGUGUAUGUUCAUUAAAUGAAAUCCAAAUAAAAAUAAAUUUAAAUUACAGGUUGUAAUGCAACAAAAUAGGAAAAACGCCAAAGGGGAUGAAUACUUUUGCAAGGCACUGUACACACAAUACCCCAUAAUGACAAAGUGAAAAGGUUUUUUUUUUUUUUUUUAUGUUUGCAAAUUGAAAAAUUCUCCCAGUGUCUGGUGUAAAGCAGACUGAACAUUGACAUUUACAUUUACAUAAUUUAGCAGACGCUCUUAUCCAGAGCGACUUACAAAUUGGUGCAUUCAACUUAUGAUAGCCAGUGGGACAACCACAUUUUUUUGGUGGGGGAGGGGGGGGGUAGAAGGAUUACUUUUAUAUUAUUCCAGGUAUUCCUUAAAGAGGUAGGGUUUCAAGUGUCUCCGGAAGGUGGUCAGUGACUCCGCUGUCCUGGUGUCAUGGGGGAGCUUGUUCCACCAUUGGGGUGCCAGAGCAGCGAAUAGCUUUGACUGGGCUGAGCGGGAACUGUGCUUCCGUAUAGAGGUAGGGGGGCUAGCAGGCCAGAGGUGGAUGAACAUAGUGCCCUUGUUUGGGUGUAGGGUCUGAUCAGAGCCUGAAGGUAAGGAGGUGCCGUUCCCCUCACAGCUCCGUAGGCAAGCACCAUGGUCUUGUAGUAGAUGCGAGCCUCAACUGGAAGCCAGUGGAGUGUGCGGAGGAGCGGGGUGACAUGAGAGAACUUGGGAAGGUCGAACACCAGACGGGCUGCAGCGUUCUGGUAAAUUGUAGGGGUUUAAUGGCACAGGCAGGGAGCCCAGCCAACAGCGAGUUGCAGUAAUCCAGACGGGAGAUGACAUGUGCCUGGAUUAGGACGUGUGCCGCUUUCUGUGUAAGGUAGGGUCGUACUCUGCGAAUGUUGUAGAGCAUGAACCUGCAGGAUCGGGUCACCGCUUUGAUGUUAGCGGAGAACGACAGGGUGUUGUCCAGGGUCACGCCAAGGUUCUUUACACUCUGGGAGGAGGACACAAUGGAGUUGUCAACCAUGAUGGCGAGAUCAUGGAGCGGGCAGUCCUUCCCCGGGAGGAAGAGCAGCUCCGUCUUGCCGAGGUUCAACUUGAGGUGGUGAUCCGACAUCCACACUGAUAUGUCUGCCAGACAUGCAGAGAUGCGAUUCGCCACCUGGUUAUCAGAAGAAUUGUGUGUCGUCUGCGUAGCAAUGAUAGGAGAGACCAUGUGAGGAUAUGACAGAGCCAAGUGACUUGGUGUAUAGAGAGAAUAGGAGAGGGCCUAGAACUGAGCCCUGGGGGACACCAGUGGUGAGAGCACGUGGUGCGGAGACAGAUUCUCGCCACGCUACCUGGUAGGAGCAACCUGUCAGGUAGGACGCAAUCCAAGAGUGAGCAGCGCCGGAGAUGCCCAACUCGGAGAGGGUGGAGAGGAGGAUCUGAUGGUUCACAGUAUCAAAGGCAGCAGAUAGGUCUAGAAGGAUAAGAGCAGAGGAGAGAGAGUUAGCUUUAGCAGUGCGGAGAGCCUCCGUGACACAGAGAAGAGCAGUCUCAGUUGAAUGACCAGUCUUGAAACCUGACUGGUUUGGAUCAAGAAGGUAAUUCUGAGAGAGAUGGCAGGAGAGUUGGCUAGAGAUGGCACGCUCAAGAGUUUUUGAGAGAAAAGAAAGAAGGGAUACUGGUCUGUAGUUGUUGACAUUGGAGGGAUCGGGUGUAGGUUUUUUGAAGAGGGGUGCAACUCUCGCUCUCUUGAAGACGGAAGGGACAUGGCCAGCGGUCAAGGAUGAGUUGAUGAGCGAGGUGAGGUAAGGGAGAAGGUCUCCGGAAAUGGUCUGGAGAAGAGAGGAGGGGAUAGGGUCAAGCGGGCAGGUUGUUGGGAGGCCGGCCGUCACAAGUCGCAAGAUUUCAUCUGGAGAGAGAGGAGAGAAAGAAGUCAAAGCAUAGGGUAGGGCAGUGUGAGCAGGACCAGCGGUGUCAUUUGACUUCAUAAAUGAGGAUCGGAUGUCGUCAACCUUCUUUUCAAAAUGGUUGACGAAGUCAUCCACAGAGAGGGAGGAGGGAGGGGGAGGAGGAGGAGGAUUCAGCAGGGAGGAGAAGGUGGCAAAGAGCUUCCUAGGGUUAGAGGCUUGACAUUUAAAGUGGUAGAAAGUGGCUUUAGCAGCGGAAACAGAGGAAGAGAAUGUAGAGAGGAGGGAGUGAAAAGAUGACAAGUCCGCAGGGAGUCUAGUUUUCCUCCAUUUCCCUCUUCUGUGAGCUCAAACAUUAGGGUUAGUAUUGUGGAUUAACUACAAUCUCCUAUCACAGCCAUUAAACUCUGUAACUGUUUUAAAGUCACCAUUCGCCUCAUGGUGAAAUCCGUGAGCGGUUUCCUUCCUCUCCGGCAACUGAGUUAGGAAGGAUGUUUGUAUUUUCUUUGUAGUGACUGGAUGUAUUGAUACACCAUCUAAAGUGUAAUUCAUAACUUCACCAUGCUCAAAGGGAUAUUCAAUGUCUGUUUGUUUUUUUACCAAUAGGUGCCCUUCUUUGCGAGGCAUUGUUAAACCUCCCUGGUCUUUGUGGUUGAAUCUGUGUUUGAAAUUCACUGCUCGACUGAGCGACCUUACAGAUAAUUGCUUGUGUGGGGUACAGAGAUGAGGUAGUCAUUCGGAAAUCCUGAUAAACACUAUUAUUGCACACAGAAUGAGCCCAUGCAACUUAUUAUGUGACUUGUUAAGCAAAUUUAUUCUCCUGAACUUAUUUAGGCUUGCCAUAACAAAGGGGUUGAAUGCUUAUUGAUUCAACACAUUUCACCUUUUAAUUUGUAAAAUUUCUAAAAACAUAAUUCCACUUUGAUAUUAUGGGUUAUUGUGUUUAGGUGUCCACAUACUUUUGCAUAUAUGGUGUAUGUACAUAUAACUAGGAAUAAAGUGACAGAUCAAACAGUAGCAGCAGCGUAUGUGAUGAGUCAGAGUUGGUGCAAAAUGGGUCAAUGCAGAUAGUCUGGGUAGCUAUUGGUUAACUAUUUAGCAGUCUUAUGGCUUAGGGGUAGAAGCUGUUCAGGUUCCAGACUUGGUGCAUCAGUACCGCUUGCCGUGCAGUAGCAGAGAGAACAGUCUAUGGCUGGGGCGGCUGGAGUCUGACACGGCCCCAGUGAUGUACUGGGCUGUCUGCACUACCCACUGUAGCCCCUUGGCUGAUUGUUUGACUGACAGCCCAGUGAGGCUCCAUGAUUUGCUGAUUGUUUGACAGCCCGGUAAGGUUCUGUGAUUGGCUGAUUGUUUGAUUGACAGCCCAGUAAGGUGAGGAGUGAGUGCAAGGAGCUGAGGAUGCUGUGUGCCGAAGAUGAACAGAGCAGAACCUGCUGGAUGACUGCCUUCAGACUGUUAAAGGUACAGUACACACACACACACACACACACACACACACACACACACACACACACACACAACCACACACACUCACAGUAUCUUCUGUUUAACUGAUGUUUCAAUUAUAUGUAUUACUUAAAAAUUAUUUUUGUUGUGCGCUACAUAUAUGUUCUGUUUUGACAGUAUGGAAUAUUACUGUAUCAGAACUACAAGAGUCCCCAGCAGCAGAAGUCUCCGGUCUCACACUUCUCUACUCCUGUGGUAAGACUCCUAUUCACAUAUUUGUAUUCCCUACUCUAUGACUACUGGUUAGAGUUAUCCUGUUUUAUCCUGAAUGUCAAUUUACUGUUAAGCAGACUAGGAUCUAUUGGAGAGGGUAGCGUGGCUCAGACAACUUCUCUGUCUCUGUAGAGGAGUGUGUCUGAGAACUCUCUGGUGGCCAUGGACUUCUCUGGCAGAACGGGACGCAUCAUAGAAAACCCUCUGGAAGCACAGAACGCCGCGGUGGAGGAGGGACAGACAUGGAGGGUGAGGAGGAGAGGAGGAAGGAGAUGGGAUGGAAGAUUGGGAAACUCAGUCUGAAAAAGGUUUACUUCUGUCAUUCUAAAUCUAACAUUGUUUUGUUUGUUUAUCUUUCUUGCCGUCAGAAACGGGGUCAGCGUAUGAAUGCUCUGGGCAGCCCCAGCCCCCUCCACCCAUCUUCUCUCAGCUCUGGUAUCCUACACUUUACAUUACCUUGCUCUUAUACCUGUGUAGUAGUACUGUAAUAAUUACACUAGUAACAACAUUUAACAGUAACUUCAUAAAUGCUUAGUAAUGGAGUUUAUUGUUACACAAGUGGAAUAAGAAGCAGUUCCUAUAGCAGUUCCUACAUCUGUGGAUGCAUCCCAAAUGGCACCCUAUUUCCUUCAUUGUGCACUACUUAUGGGCCCUGGUCAUAAGUAGUGCACUAUAUAGGGAAAGGUUGCCAUUUGGGAUGCAGACUGCUUGUAUCUCUGCAUGUGUAAAUGUGGAUAGUGCAUGUACACGUCUUGUGUUUAUACUUUGAAAGCAGAAAAUGCCUUUCAGACACCUGAUACCUGAUGUUGUUGUGUCUUUCAGUGAUCCACAGAACACAGCUAUGGUUCCAUGGUCGCAUCAUUAGAGAAGAGUCCCACAAGAUGAUCAUGCAACAAGGACAAGUAGACGGGUAAGACUUAGAAGCUGUAUUAUCCAUCUAUCCACCCACCCAGCCACCCAUCCAUCCAUCCAUCCAUCCAUCCAUCCAUCCAUCCUAGUACCCACAAACCAUCCCUAUGUAUAGAUGUACAGUGUAAGUGACAAUGUUUUGUGUGUGUGCGUGUGUGUGUCAGGUUGUUCCUGCUGAGAGACAGUCAGAGUAACCCCAAGGCAUUUGUCCUGACCUUGUGCCACCACCAGAAGAUCAGACACUUCCAGAUCCUACCGGUCAGUUAUUUCUACUCAUCUACCUCUCUAUUCUGUUCCACUUCCUUCUUGUUCAUCCAGUUUGUCUCCAUCUCAAUUUGCUCUCACAUCCUAUCUCCUAGUCUCUUUCUCAACUGUAUUGUAUAUGUGUAUAAUAGCUAACUUGUCUCCUCUCUCUCACAGUGCGAGGAGGAGGGUCAGAUGUUGUUCAGUUUGGAUGAUGGUUCCACCAAGUUCACAGACCUGAUCCACCUGGUGGAGUUCUACCAGCUCAACAGAGGGGUGCUGCCCUGCAAGCUCAAACACCCUUGUACCGCCGUGGCCUUGUGA